CAUGGCGGAGGCGGGAAAAAAGCAGGCGGGCCUCGGGCUGCCAGGUGGAGACGCGGCACAGUGGCCUCUGCAGCGGUAUGGCCGUUUCAUGCCCCUGGGCACAGGAGAGCCAUCUGGAGCUGGCCUGGAAGCUGGGGUGGCCUCUUCCCCCACGUGGAAGGUUUUUGACUCCAAUGAAGAAUCUGGAUAUCUCGUUCUCACCAUUGUUAUAUCAGGUCAUUUCUUCAUUUCCCAAGGACAAACACUUCUGGAAGGGUUUUCACUCAUUGGUAGCAAGAACUGGUUGAAGAUUGUGAGACGCAUGGAUUGUCUAUUGUUUGGAACAACGAUAAAGAACAAGAGUCGCAUGUUCCGGGUACAGUUCAGUGGAGAGUCCAAGCAGCAGGCGCUGGAGCACUGCGGGAGCUGUGUGCAAAGCCUGGCCCAGUACAUAACCGUGCAGGUGCCCGACGGGAACAGCCGGGAUCCUGGCCCGCUGAGAGCAGGUGGAAGCGGCGGGGAGGGCUGUGUGCCGAGCAUCCCACUGCAGCACCCAUCACACCGGCGGCUGGAGCAGCAGCAGUGUGCCCCAGGAGGAAGGACCUCAGUGACCCAGUUAGCUCAGUCUCUCCUGGCGUCAGAGGAGCUGCCCCUUGUCCACAAACAAUCUGCAUGGAAUGCUGAGGAGUUAGGCUCCUUUCUCCGUUUCUGCCUCAUGGAUCAGAAUUUCCCAGCAUUUGUGGAAGAGGUAGAAAAAGAACUAAAAAAACUGACGGGGUUGAGAAAUUAA